GGACAAAAGGGUAGCAGAAAACAUUAAUUCAGACAUUAACUUGUUCAGCAAGAGCAAAACAUGACAAAUAGGGAAAAACAGGAGGGGAUGGAGCAAAAGAAAAGGAAAGUACAUCGGCCCCAGCAAUAAAGAGAGUAGUAAAAAAGAAAUCAGACAGAAUCACCCCAUUGUUGACCACCCUCUUCUCCCUUCUUCCACACUCUCUCUCUGUAGCUCAAAACUCAAAAGGGGGCAGCCAUGGCAGCAGAAGCGGUGUUCGGAGUGGUGCUCCUGCUCUCGGCGGCGGCGGCGGUGGCGGCGGGAAACUGGUGCGUGGUGAGGAGCGACGCGAGCGAGCAGGCGCUGCAGACGGCUCUGGACUAUGCAUGCAGCGCUGGAGCUGACUGCUCGCCCAUUCAGCCGAAUGGGCUUUGCUUUCUGCCUAAUACGCUGCAGGCUCAUGCGUCCUACGCUUUCAACAGCUAUUAUCAGCGCAAGAACAAUGCUCCCGACUCUUGCUCUUUUGCUUCCACUUCUACCAUCGCCAGAACUGAUCCAAGCUAUGGAUCUUGUGUUUACCCAUCAUCUGCAAGUUCUGCCGGAGGAGGAGUCUCAUCAGGAAUAACAUCCACAACACCCACAAGCAUAACCACUCCAAGUUCAACCACACCACCCUCAGGAGCCACACCUCUAUACGGAAGUGGAGCCGGACUAACACCAGGGACAGGCACGGGGACAGGGCCAGUUAUCCCCGACGCCCCCAUGUCUAAGGGGUCCAAAAUCUUACUGCAGCAAACAGCCUCGUCUCCUCUGAUCAUCUUGCUCGGUUUCAUGGUUAUUUGCCAGAUAAUUUAGGGUUGUAUAAUCAUCAGGAUAUAUAUAUAUAUAGCUCGAGAAGUAGGUGAACCCCAGUUUUGUGUUAGCCAUUUGUAGCCUUCCUUGAUUGUCUCUCUCAGGAAGAUAUUUGAUCUUUUCCUCGAGUUGUAUCGGCAAGCUCAACAUUUUCCCAGUUGAAGGUUGGUAGAACUAAUACCCAAUUUUUUGGUCAUUUUAUGUUUUACUAUUAGACUGGAUUAGCAGCUCAAGAAUUUGGAUCC